CAACGCCACAGUUCGCGUUCACUUAACUCUCCGCUCGUGCCCAGCUGUGUCACGCAAAGUCCAAAGUACGGGGUGUGAUCGUCGUGCGGUGAUCAUAACGCGAUCCGCGUUCGUGUCGGAAACAUGCUGCUAACGAGAGCACGGGUACUGUUCGACUUCGUGUGCGCUCUGGCGCACAUCGUCUGUGGUCUGCUGGUGUUUGUGGUGCGCCACAGGCUGAUACGCCUGUGGCCGCCGGCCGUACGGCCCGUGGUGACGGUGAAGCAGGGUAAGUUGCGUGGCGUCACCUCGACGCUCCCGAACGGGGCCCAGUACCACUACUUUAAGGGCGUUCCGUACGCGGAACCGCCGGUCGGCAGGCUACGCUUUCGGCCACCGGUACCUCUGGAGCGGUUCCGCAAACCGAUCGUCGACUGCUACGCCGAGCGGGCCGAUGCGGUACAGAAAGACUUCUUCUCCGACCGUGCCAGUGGCUCGGAAUCUUGCCUGUACCUUAACGUGUACAGUCCGCGGUUGCCGGGGGAAGCUGAUGCCACCGAGGGAGUGCCUCGGGCACCGGUGAUGGUGUACAUUCACGGUGGUGGCUUCAUGAACGGAUCCGGCAGCAGUUUCUUCUACAAUCCGGACCUUUUCGUCGAGCAGGGCGUGCUGGUGGUGACGAUCAACUAUCGACUCGGACCGUUCGGGUUCCUCUGUCUGCCCGGAGCCGGCAUUCCCGGCAAUGCGGGCCUCAAGGAUCAGUUGUUGGCGCUUCGUUGGGUGCACGAAAAUGUAGCCCAGUUUGGUGGCGAUCCGGACAAUGUGACGUUGUUUGGGGAAAGUGCCGGGAGCAUGUCUUCGUACCUGCACUACCUAUCGCCCAACUCACGGAAAUACUUCCAUCGGGUGAUCUGCCAGAGUGGUGUCGCCUGUUCGGACUCGUUCUUCCAGGUGGAACCGCUGGAGAAGGCACGCAAACUGGCCCGUUUCUUCGGCUACACCGGUGACAGUGACGAGGGCGCACUAGAAACACUGGAGAAGGUACCGGCCAAGCUAGUGGCGAAACACCAGAAUGAAGUGAUCAGCGAAGCGGAGAAGCAGCUCGCACUCAUCUUCAUCUUCCGGCCGGUGGUCGAGGAGCAGGAGACGGACGACAGCAUCAUUACGCAGCAUCCGCAGCAGAUUCUGAAAGCAUACGACGCCCUGCGUAUGCCGCUGCUCGAGGGCUGCAACAGUGGCGAAGGGAUACUGGCGCUGCGGACACUACGCUCCCGGUGGCCAUCGUUCCUCACGUCACCGGAACGCCUGGUACCGGUGCUACUGGCCAGCAACGCGCAAAACCUUGACCGCGCGCAGGUCGGCAAGGAGAUCAAACGGUUCUACUUUGGCGAUGGACCCGUGAAGCCGGAUCGAGUGAUCGAUCGCAUGUGCGAGCUGCUGUCGGACAACACGUUCAUCACCAACUCGGUCACCAGUGCCGAAUGGUUGGCCAAGUACCAGCCGAAUGUCCAGCACUUCCACUACCGCUUCACGUACGACGGUCGGUUCAGUUUGUUGAAGAGACUCUUUCAACUCUCGCACGUCACCGGCGCUUGCCACGGGGACGAUCUAAUGUACAUGUUCAACACAUGCUUCCUGCCAACACUUCGACCCGACAGUGACGAGUAUCGGAUGCGCCGGAUAAUGAUCGCCCUUUGGACGAGUUUCGCCAAGCACGGUGAUCCGUCGGUGGGUCCUUCCGCUGAGCUGGUGCCGGAAAAGUGGCUCCCGGUGAAGAAGAUCGCUCGCGACGCCACCGACUUCGAGCUGGACUGUUUCGAGCUCAACACGGUUCCACGGAUGGUGCGUAAUCCGGGCGAUGGGCGGAUACAGCUGUGGCGUCGAUUGCUUCGCCAAUACCGUCCCGAUUUCCUGUGAUGUGCCCGCGUGUUGGCGGCCUAAAUGCCUAAAAGCUAACAUAACCGAAAGCAAAUAACGCGCCAGCCGAAAACCGGAGACACUCGGUGUUAAUGUGUUAAUUUGGACGGGUGAAGGUUGAAGUGUGGAUCCAGCCCGCAGCGGCACCUCGGUGUGAAUGACUUUGUGAGCCAAAUAAACGUCCUCUUUGGGGUAUCACAACAAACGCAUGGUAAUGGUAGAAAAAUUUAAAUCGGAAAACAAGUUGUAGUUAAUAGUGAGAGAGGUCCAUCAAAAUGUCCGUUCGUCAUUCCCAAAUACUGGUGUCCACGAUUUCGUCCAAAUCAAAUCGGAAAAUUGUUUCUCCUUUUUUUACUUAGAGUGACCAAAAUAUCUUUCUUUCAAGAUCAAUUCCUUCAACGGCAUCUCGAGAUGCACCCGUUUGGUACACUUCCGAUUUUAGAAGUCGCCGACUUUAGAUUGAUCAUAGCUGAAUCAUACUCUAGCAUGUGUAUAAUUCAUUUAAGCGAUCUCUAAUGAUGCCCAGGUGUUCUAUCAGCGUAGUGAUCUUUCCUUUGCCGAGUGCCAAGGCGAACAAUCGUGAAUAUUCAACCCCCCAAUUUGCCAGCUAAGAAGUCCCAAGCAGAGUACUGAUGGAAACACUGAAAACUGUUUCAGGUGUUAGUGAUCUACUCGCAUUAGAAAUUUAAAUUUUUUCUAGGUUGUUCAUUACAUUCGGAGCCUCGAUAACGAAGGGCAUUGCUACGAGCCUAAUUUUUGUUUUGGCACAUUGGUUCACUCUUCAUAUGAAAGCGUGUAAAGUUUCAUUUCAAUCGUCAAAGUCAGUAUUUUUUACAAUGGGAAAAAUCAUGCAUCGUGGAGUGAUUUAGUUUUUAUUUUCAGUAGUUUUUAAAGCAAAGGAGAUUUAUGAACGAAGGUUGGACUCUUUACCUUUAAUUACCGGCUUUAAUUACCGGGGUUUUGAAUUUAAACGUGGUUGUAUUAGCUUUCAAGACGAUCCAUGUCAAACACGUAAAAAAACAGACAUAAUACCUGAAAUCGUAGAAAAAAUACAGGAUAUCGCAAUCACUAAAACCGAACCACUGAAAGAGAUUUAGUUUAAGACCUAACCAUCUCAUUGAGCAGUAUAACCAAUUAUUUGACUGAACUGUUGGGAUAUUUUUGUUCGCUAAAAAUGGAACAAUGCACCAGAUUACAAGAGCAUUUUGAAAAUGGCAAAAGACCAAGAAUUAACGUUCGAAUUGUUGGGGUAUCCACCGUAUUCACUAGAUUCGACCCCUAGUGACUUCCAUCUGUUUUCAGACUCAAAAAAGACCUUGCGUGAAAAGCGUUUUCCAUCAAACGAUGACGUCAUA